UUUCUUUUGAAAAAAUCAGGGUUUUUCAAAAACCCUAAUGAGAAAUCCGUAGCCAGUAAGCAGCCGAUAGAACCUGCUCAUAGCAGCUAAUGCAGUGAACAUCAAUAUAACAUCAAUAUAUUGAAAAAAUGGGAAUUCCAUCCUUCUACAAAUGGUUAACGGAAAAGUAUCCAGACACUGUGGUUGACGUCAUUGAAGCUAGACGGAGAAUGGGUAACGGCGUUUUGCUACCUAUUAACACGGCUCUCCCUAACCCUAAUGGUAUCGAAUUUGAUAAUCUAUAUCUUGACAUGAACGGAAUCAUCCACCCUUGCUUUCAUCCUUCAGACCUGCAGCCACCUCCUAAAACCUACGAAGAGGUCUUUAGAAAUGUAUUCAUGUACAUUGAUAAGAUCUUCUCCAUGGUCAGGCCUCGUAAACUUCUCUUUCUUGGCAUUGAUGGUGUUGCUCCGCGAGCUAAGAUGAAUCAACAAAGGUCUAGGCGUUUUAGGGCCGCUAAAGAGGCAGAGAAGGAAGCCUUGAAGAUGAAACAGUUCAUCGAAUUAGAAGGGGAAAAUUCUACUAGUUUAAAGGAACCAGCGGUAUUAGAUUCUAAUGUAAUCACUCCUGGAACUGAGUUUAUGGAUUUAUUGUCAUCAGCACUUCGGUAUUACAUUCGAUUGAGGGUGAACAGGGAUUCUGGGUGGCGUGGAAUAAAGGUCAUUCUCUCUGAUUCAAAUGUACCUGGUGAAGGGGAGCACAAGAUAAUGUCUUAUAUUCGUUUGCAAAGAGAUCUGCCAGGAUAUGAUCCUAACACACGACAUUGCUUGUAUGGAUUGGAUGCAGAUCUAAUUAUGCUUGCAUUGGCUACUCAUGAAGUCCAUUUCACAAUCUUAAGAGAGGACAUGUUCAAUGGAAAUGUUGUUUUUAAGAAUUCCUGUAUAGGAAGGAAAAAUAACAGCUCUUCUAAAAGAGGGAAAAAGCAUAAGUUCGUGUGGAAUCCACAGAAAAAAGCAAAUUCUAAAAAAAAAAAGUGGAUGCCUGUUAAGACUCUGGAGGAAUAUGUCUCACGGCUGAAUUUUAAGUUUUUAUACAUUUGGGCAUUGAGAGAGCAUUUGGAGUAUGACAUGAGAAUUCCGAACUUGGCAUUGCAGACAGACUUGGAGCGCUUGAUUGAUGAUUUUAUCUUCAUGUGUUUGUUUGUUGGAAAUGAUUUCCUGCCACACAUACCGACACUAGAAAUAUCUCAGGGGGCUAUUGAUUUGCUUAUGAAGGUGUACAGAAAGGAAUUUCGUCGAAUGGGUGGUUACUUGACAAAUUCUUUUGAGUUAGAUUUGACGCGUGUGGAGCAUUUUAUACAAGCUGUUGGUUUGCAUGAUGAUGCAAUAUUUAGGCAACAUAUCCAGAAACUAAAAGAGAAAAGUGCACGCAAAGAAGAACGGUCUUCAAAAAGGAAGCUUGAAAAACUGCUGCAGAAUGAUCCCCAUGCAGAGUCCAUAAGUGGUGGUUCUUCUCUUCUGAUGGAAAAAGCAGGAGGCAUGAAUUUUGACGAACCAAUCCACCAUUUAUCCGCUGGCAUUGAUACUGGUGACAAGGAAGAAGAUGAUUGGAAAGAAAGAUACUAUGCAAAAAAAUUUAAGGCCAAGACAAAAGAUGAGCAGGAGAGUAUUCGAAGAGAUGUGGUUAUUAAAUAUAUGGAAGGGCUUUGUUGGGUCAUGAGAUACUACUAUGAAGGAGUCUGCUCUUGGCAGUGGUUCUACCCUUAUCAUUAUGCACCAUUUGCUUCAGAUUUUUAUGGUCUUGAUGACUUAAAGAUUCAGUUCACCCUAGGAGUACCUUUCAAGCCAAUGGAUCAAUUAAUGGGCGUAUUACCUGCUGCAAGUGCACAUGCCCUUCCUAUGUUUUACAGGAAACUGAUGACAGAUGAAUCAUCUCCUAUAUUGGAUUUUUAUCCUUCAGAUUUUGAGCUUGAUAUGAAUGGAAAACGUCGGAAAUGGCAGGCUAUCUGUAAAUUACCAUUCAUUGAUGAGUCCCGUCUUCUUUCAGAGAUUACAAAAGUGGAGCACACAUUGACGGACGAUGAGAGACGGAGAAACAGUCUGGGGUCAAAUUUCCUAUUUGUUCAUAUUUCGCAUCCUCUGGCGGAUAUGAUAAUUUAUUUCUUUAAGCAGAAUCGUGAUCCUAAUGUGUUACUGAAAAUUGAUCCAGAACUCAGUGGUGGAAUGAAUGGAUUUGUUUACAUUUCUGAUAAUGCUGUCUGCCCUGAGGAAGUGUCUUCACCAAUUGAUGGCAUGCGGAUGAUUGCACACAACAGAGUCAUAUCUGUGUCAUAUAGAUACCCUCUGUUUCAUUAUCACAUCUCAAGGCUACCACAAGGGGUGAUCUUGCCUGGCAAGUCUGUGUGCGAACAGGACAUUUCACCACUGCUACAGCAUGAGAAAGUUGUUCCCGCAGGUGUAUCUUCUAGAAGGCCAAUCCCCAGGUCUGUUUCAGGCACGCAUCUUGCGAAUUUGGCUCAUCGACUUGUGUCUUCCUGUACUCCUAUCAAACAAGACGAUAACCUAGGAUAUAAGGGACCUAAUAUCCUUGUAGAUACAUGUAAUUGGGGGGGAAUCAGCACAACAUUGAACUCCAGGAAAAGAAAACGGAGCAGAAACAAAAAAAUCACCAUCGAUGACGGAUAUGAGGGAAGCAGAAUGAGAGAAGGUGAAUGCAUCCCACAAAACUUGAAGCAGUGCAUUCCCCUUGAACACACAGAUGGUAACUGCAAUCCUUGUGCAGUGAAGGAAAGAAAAGCAGAAAUUCGAUCUGCAAAGCGGAAAAGGAGAAAACAGAGAAUGAAGUUGAAGAAAAUUAAAGAGGGUGAAGGUUUUGGUGUCCUAGAUAAGAAUGUUGUGCAGAUGAAACACUGCAUUCAUAGACAAGGUGCGGGUAAUAAUAGUGAGAAUAUGUGUAGCUGCAUCAAUAUUGAGAGACUGGAGAAUUGUUUUAUUAGCGGGAAGAAGCAAGGUGAUGAUGCUCAUGCAGGUGCUCCAGGGAUACUGGAAAUAGAGACACAGGUGAAAUCUAAGAAAAGAAAACGAAUGUCUGGCAAAAGCAAACAGAUUGACAUUGAUGAUAGUCAUGCUUCUAAGGGACAAAUAGGAAGUGCUGCUGGAUUCCUGGAAAGUACAAGUGCUUUCCCAAGCAACAAUGUCCAGAAAGUGGAGAAUUCUGGUCGUAUGGAGCAGCAGGUAGAUGGCAAUAUUGAGAAACAAAGUAAUCUCAGUGGUGCUGAAAAUGGCAGUCUUGAGAAAUUAGGGAAUGGCUUUUACAAGAAACAGGGAGAAGGCUGUGUUUUCCAUAUGGGCACAAAUGAACUGGGGAAGCAAGCACAAAUCAAACCCAAAAGGAAGAAGAGGAGAUCGAAGGGGAGAACUGUCUUGAACAACAAUCUUGAGAAACUGGCUUCUGGUUGUCUGAGCAUGAUGUCAAACCAUGUAGGUGCUAAUGAACUUGAGGAUAUGGGCACAGACAAACUGGAAAAGCAAGCACAAAUAAAACCCAAAAGGAAGAAACGGAGAUCGAAAGGAGGAUGUGUCCUGAACAACAAUCUUGAGAAGUUGGAGUCCGGUGGUCUUAGCAAGCAGGUUGAACAUGAUGGUAACCAGGUCGGUGCAAAUGAACUCAUGGAUAUGGGCACGAAUGAAGCACAGAUAAAACCCAAAAGGAAGAAACGGAAAUUGAAGGGGAGAAGUCUCCUGAAUAACAAUGUUGAGAAGUUGAAUCUUGAGAAAUUGGAGUCUGGUAGCCUGAGCAAGCAGGCGGAACAUGAAGGUAACCAUGUAGUUGCGAAUGAACUCGUGCAUAUGGGCACAAAUGAACUGAAAAAGCAAGCACGACUUAAAUCCAAAAGGAAGAAACAGAGAUUGAAACAGAGAUUGAAACGCAAAAAUAACCUGCACAACAAUCUUGAGAAAUUGAAGGCUGGUGAUCUGAGCAAUCAGGCGGGAUAUGAUGAUAACCAUGACGGUAACCGUGUAGGUGAUAGUGACUUUGUGGUUCAAUCUGAGGGAAAGAGAGAGGGAGAAUUUGAUGGUGUCCCAAAGACUCUUGAGAAAGUUGGGAGUAAUGCUGUUGAGAAACAACUAGGUGGUGAUGAUCAUGCUGGUCUAGGUGCGAAUGAACUCGUGCAUAUAGAUAUAAAUGAACUUGAAAAGGAAGCACAAAUUAAACCCAAAAGGAAGAGACGGAGAUUGAAACGCAAAAAUGACCUGCACAACAAUCUUGAGAAAUUGAAGGCUGGUGAUCUGAGCAAUCAGGCGGGAUAUGAUGAUAACCAUGACGGUAACUGUGUAGGUGAAAGUGACUUUGUGGUUCAAUCUGAGGGAAAGAGAGAGGGAGAAUUUGAUAGUGUCCCAAAGACUCUUGAGAAAGUUGGGAGUAAUGCUGUUGGGAAACAAUUAGGUGGUGAUGAUCAUGCUGGUCUAGGUGCGAAUGAACUCGUGCAUAUAGGUACAAAUGAACUUGAAAAGGAAGCACAAAUGAAAACCAAAAGGAAGAAACAGAGAUUGAAACACAAAAAUAACCUGCACAACAAUCUUGAGAAAUUAAAGGCUGGUGAUCUGAGCAAGCAGGCGGGAUAUGAUGAUAACCAUGACAGUAACCGUGUAGGUGAAAGUGACAUUGUAGUCCAAUCUGAGGGAAAGAGAGGGAGAAUUUGAUAGAGUCCCAAAAACUCCUGAGAAAGUUGGGAGUAAUGUUGUUGGGAAACAGUUAGGUGGUGAUGAUCAUGCUGGUCUAGGUGCUGCAGCAGAAAUGAAUCCAGUAAAAGGAGAAGGAUUGACGAAGAUUGUCACCCCAUAGAUGCGACAUUAAUGGAUAUGAAGCACUAAUUCUUUAGCAUUCUUGGUGAAUGUAUCAAUAAUAGAGAAAUUUUGCAUUCUAAGACGAACAGCAUGAAGCUGAUGCCAUCACAUUGUUGAUAUUGAGGUGAUGAAUUUUUCUAGUCAGUGAAGGCGAUCCCAUUUGUUAUGAUGUUGAGAAAUUGAGAAUCAAACUGAUUCUGGAAUUGAUAGGCGCCACAUUUAUAGUACAAUAGUAGAGAGUCAUGGCGAAGAAAGUUAGAUCUCGAGCUGCAAUUUAAUUUAUGGGGAUUUUUGUUUUUAAAUUUUGAUAGUGCGAGUCCAUGUUGGAGGUUUCUGAUUGCAGAUUUGCAGGGAAAUUUUAUUGAUUCAGUUGGUAA